UGAUCACCCCAACUAUCGAUAUUUAUUUGAAGUGCACAAUAGGGUUAGUGUGAGGCGAGGAUGCCGUCAGAGGGAUACUUGGAAAAUCGAUUUUCCUCUGCCCAUAGAGAAACGAGCAAUGCGUCAAAUAAUACUGAAGCAGCUUCAUGAAACACUGUUUUCCCCACACCUACUCGCCUCGAACCAAAAUAAAAUCUGGGUGUCAAUGGGUGUCAUUCACAAAGAUCCGAUGGAUUGAUUCGUAGCCAUCCCCUCAUCAAAGCGAUCGAUAAUAAUGAACGGACGUCCCAGAGAAAAGGUUGCGGCCAUGUUCCGCAAGAUCUUCAAGUCCUCGCGAAACAGAGAGGGUGAAGGACCUAGCAAAGCCGCGGGGACAUCUGGGAGCGGGUCCCCUGCCAGACGGCUUCUCAGAGGUUGCAGGGACCAAGUGACUCCCGCUGCACAGCAGCCAUCCCAAGCGUUCAAAUCGGGAAGCAAAAAGGGAGAUGAACUGCCCCAACCCAAGAGCGUUCGUGCCAAAAGACUGAUGAAGGAAUUUCGCGAUCUCCAAAGGUCGCAGAAUUCCAAAACUGACCCAGUAUUCACGGUGGAGCUGGUGGAGGAUAACCUCUUCGAGUGGCAUGUCAAAGUUUUCAAAAUUGAUAGUGAGAGUGAACUCGGGAAUGAUAUGAGAGAACUGAAUAUAGGUUAUAUUUUGUUACACAUUAUUUUCCCUGACAAUUUUCCUUUUGCUCCACCAUUUAUGAGGGUAAUCUCGCCAAGGAUAGAAAAGGGGUUCGUGAUGGAAGGAGGUGCCAUCUGCAUGGAGCUGCUAACACCUAGGGGAUGGGCUAGCGCGUACACUGUCGAAGCUGUCAUCAUGCAGUUUGCAGCUAGCGUCGUCAAGGGUCAAGGAAGGAUCCAGAGGAAAAACAAGGGCCAGAAGGUUUUUAGUAGAAGAACUGCAGAAGAAAGUUUCAGAUCUCUAGUUAAGACACAUGAUAAAUAUGGAUGGGUAACCCCAAGCCUUGCCGAUGGUUAAAAAUCUAAUCAAGUUAAGUCUGUUUUUUGCUAAGGAUUGAAAUCAAGGAAAUGAAACGAAUGAUACAAAUUGGUUUAACGGAACCGAUCGAAAUCAGAUGAUUAUUGAAGUAAUAUUUCUCUCAUCAAUUACCUAAUGCAUAUAUUUAGGAAUCGGAAAUUUCAGUUCUAAAAAAAAUUACAUUCUUCAUCAGUUAUAAAUGAUUACAUCCUCAAGAAUUUCAACCUCACAUCGUGAGCAAAAUAUGAUGUCUCAGAAAUCCAUUAGGUAUGAAAUCGUGGAUAUAGUCACUUUUCAACAUUUCUUGAUCUUAAUUAUAUUCGAAUUGUUCCUCUAUUGAAAUGAACAGAUUUUGAGUUAUACAUAAAUAAGCUAAUUCAAAUUGGGCUCCAAAUAUUGGAAUUUGAUAAAAUGAGUGAAAAAACAAAACGAAUCGAAAAUUUUCACAAAUCGUCAAAAUGAAUGAUUUGAUUGAUGUGAAAGUUAUUGAAUUGGAAUACGUCACGAUCACACAUUGUUGAGAAAAAGACGAAUGAUAAAAGUGAAUUAAAAGAUUUCAUUCAUAAGUGUUGAAAGCAUUAAAAUAUAAUAACUAUACAUGCUUCAGAAUAAAAGAGGAAAUUUGAAACAGAUUAUACGAUUUUCACAAAACUCAUUUUGUAAAAAUUGCAUAAUUUGUUUUAUCGGCCACAUCAAUUCAAUAUCAAAAGAAGAAAUGUUUCGCUGGCCAUUGAUUGAUCAUCUAAUAAAGCUCAAAAGUCAAAACCAAUAACAUUUUCUUCCCGUGGUAAAAUUCAGAAUGAGUUAUGUAUUAUGAAGAUAUGUUUCAUAUUAUUCUCGAAUUUACUCCUUAAAACAUUUCACAACAAAUGAAAACAUAACGAAUUGAAUGUCCAGUUCAAUAUUGCCAAGACUUUACUACAUUUUUUCCAAAAUGGGGAUAAAAUUGAAGAGGAACGUGAAACUUCACGUACGUACAUACGUCAAAUUUAGGUACUCAGCCGGAACAUUUUUAUCCAUUGAAAUAAAUAGAUGAUUCACACAUCAUCGAUACUACAUGUAUGUCCAAAUUUUGAUGUAUACAUAAGACCAUUUAUACAAUAAGGUUUGUUGUUGAUGUGGAUAAUAUGCAUAAGUUGGCCCUUAGAAUAUAGUAGUGAAUAUUAUUGAGAUAACCAAAGUAUAUUAAUUUCUUUGGCGUAUUUCAAUGAUUAUUUAACGAUGUCCAUUUUAGAAAAAUAUUCAAUAAAAUAAUCAUCAAACAAAACGUUUUGCCAAUUCGCUCAUGAAUAUAUUUUAUACAAAAAAAUGUACAAAUAAGUUUUAGAUAAUAACUACUGAACAGUAUUGGAUUUUGGAAAAUGUUUAAAAUUAUAUUGUUUUGAUAGAAACAUUAUUUAGUCUUCCAAUGUGAUAGACUUUCUGUUCGUUUAUGUAACUGUUGAAAAUAAAAUAAAUGUCUUCAGUGUU